AUGCAUGAGCGGGACUCAAGCGCUCAGCUGGACCUCACCGAGCUCAUCGGCGUUCCUCUGCCGCCAUCUGUGUCCUUCGUCACGGGCCUGGAGGGCUUCCCGGCAUAUAGAUUUGGUCCGGACGCUAACGUGGGCCGACUGACGCGCUCCUUCAUCCCCGACCCGUUCUACCAUGACUUCUCCAUCGUGGUGACGGCCAGACCCAGCUCUCGGCACGGAGGAGUGCUGUUCGCCGUCACAGACGCGCUGCAGAAGAUCAUCCAUCUGGGAGUGUCUCUGGCGCCGGUGGAGGACGGGUCCCAGCGCGUGGUUAUGUACUACACCGAGCCCGGGGCCGCGCACACACAGGAGGCGGCUUCAUUCAAGAUGGGCGAUCUGACGGGCCGCUGGGCGCGCUUCACGCUGGCUGUACAAGGGGAGGAGGUGAAGCUGUACAUGGACUGUGAGGAGCAGCACCGCGUGGCCUUCCGCAGGAGUCCAGACCCACUCACCUUCCAGCCCAGCUCCGGCAUCUUCAUAGGGAGCGCCGGGGGAACCAGGCUGGAGCGCUUCCUGCGGGACUCAAGCGCUCAGCUGGACCUCACCGAGCUCAUCGGCGUUCCUCUGCCGCCAUCUGUGUCCUUCGUCACGGGCCUGGAGGGCUUCCCGGCAUAUAGAUUUGGUCCGGACGCUAACGUGGGCCGACUGACGCGCUCCUUCAUCCCCGACCCGUUCUACCAUGACUUCUCCAUCGUGGUGACGGCCAGACCCAGCUCUCGGCACGGAGGAGUGCUGUUCGCCGUCACAGACGCGCUGCAGAAGAUCAUCCAUCUGGGAGUGUCUCUGGCGCCGGUGGAGGACGGGUCCCAGCGCGUGGUUAUGUACUACACCGAGCCCGGGGCCGCGCACACACAGGAGGCGGCUUCAUUCAAGAUGGGCGAUCUGACGGGCCGCUGGGCGCGCUUCACGCUGGCUGUACAAGGGGAGGAGGUGAAGCUGUACAUGGACUGUGAGGAGCAGCACCGCGUGGCCUUCCGCAGGAGUCCAGACCCACUCACCUUCCAGCCCAGCUCCGGCAUCUUCAUAGGGAGCGCCGGGGGAACCAGGCUGGAGCGCUUCCUGGGCUCGAUCCAGCAGCUGCUGCUGACGCCGGAUCCCAGCGCUCCGAAUGAACAGUGUGAGGAGGACGAUCCAUACGCGUCUGGAUAUGGCAGCGGUGACGACAUCUACGAAGAUACAGAGACUCCAGACGAGGUCAAGAAAGUGGUUGAGGAGAGAGAAUAUGUGAUGUCGGAGGAUAUAGAGUCUGGUCCGAUGAGAGCGCCACCUACUGAAUCUCCCUCGUUCAGCACUGAGACGGAUGACGAGGACCUAGAGGAAGGCUCUGGAGAGGACAUCAUCAUCAUCAGCGGUCCGAAAGAGCCGAUCAGAUCAGAAGGAGCUUCUCAGGACAGAAAUGUCAUAACUAUGCAGAAGGGAGAGAAAGGAGAGCGAGGGCCCCCGGGGCCUCCAGGACCCGCCGCUCCACACACACCAGGAGAGCCAGGGCCCCGGGGCCCACAGGGAGAACCAGGACGGGACGGCCGGCCUGGUGAUCCAGGGAAAGAUGGCGCUCCGCAAGAGGCUGGACCUCCGGGAUUCCCGGGCCUUCCCGGAGAUCCAGGUCCCAAAGGUGACAAGGGUGAUCCUGGUGUGGGCAUCCCGGGGCCGCCUGGACCUCCCGGACCUGCAGGAACAUACAAGUAUCCGGACGGCAUCGCCGGCUCCGGAUCGAGCUAUGUGGAUCUGGACAGUGACGCAGAGCUGAUACGGGGUCCUCCAGGGCCACCGGGGCCACCGGGACCUCCGGGCCCUUCUGUCGGAGCUCAUCCGGGGCCCAUCGGGCUUCCAGGGGUUCCUGGAAGAGACGGGGAGAAGGGCAAACGUGGAGUCCCGGGUGAAAAUGGACGAGACGGUCAACCAGGAAAAGAUGGAGAAGAAGGGCAGAACGGUGAAGCAGGUUUACCUGGAAUCAUGGGACAAAAGGGUGAUGCGGGCCAGCCGGGGCUCCCAGGACAGACAGGGGCUGAGGGCCCCAGGGGUCAGCCAGGCUCUCCGGGGCCCCCCGGACCUCCAGGAACAGGCUUCAGCUUUGACAUGAUGGAUUUGGAGGGCUCGGGUCUGGAUGGAAGCAGUGGUUUCAGACCUGUGCUGCCCAGAGGACCGCCAGGCCUUCCUGGGCUCCCAGGACCUCCAGGACCACAGGGAAAAGAAGGAGCCGUCGGCCCUCCAGGUGUUUCAGUGAAGGGGGAGCCGGGCGCUAAAGGAGACGAUGGACAGGCUGGGGCUCCUGGUCUGCCUGGGCGACAAGGGGAAGGGGGAGAGAAAGGUGAUAUGGGUCAGAAGGGAGAGAGAGGUAUAGAUGGAAUCUGUUUACCUGGAUCUCCGGGGCCUCCUGGACCUCCUGGACCAAUCAUUAAUCUACAUGAGUUGAUGCUGAAUGACACUGAAGGAAUCUUUAACCUCUCAGGGAUUUUUGAACCACAAGGACCAUUGGGAGACUGUGGCGUUCCUGGACCUCCUGGUCAAGCGGGUCAGAAAGGAGAGCCGGGGAUUGUGUCUGGAGUUCAUGCGCCGCAGGGACCCAAAGGACUGAAGGGAGACUGUGGCGUUCCUGGACCUCCUGGUCAAGCGGGCCCUGUCGGACCCGCUGGACCGAAGGGCGAGUUCGGAUUUCCAGGACGACCGGGUCGUCCAGGAAUUAACGGGCGUAAGGGUGAAAGAGGAGAUUCUGUGGGUUUACCUGGUCUGCCGGGGCCGCCGGGGCCUCCAGGACGAGCGGGGCCCUUCAGCUGUCCUAAAGGAACCGUGUUUCCAGUCCCUCCUCGACCCGGCUGCAAAAAACCUGUUAACAGUGAUUCUACACAAGAGGGAGCCAGCAGGGACAGAGAUCUGCCUUCAUCCUCCUCCUCCUCCUCCUCCUCCGGCGACACACUGGGAACCAAAGUCACGACGUGUCAGACUGCUAAAGGUGACGAGGGAUUCAGAGGAGAGACGGGAGAAGCUGGGAUGCCAGGGAGAUCCGGUUCAACGGGAGCUAAAGGAGAAUCUAUCAUUGGACCCCCUGGUCAUCCAGGACCUCGAGGACCCCCUGGUGCACCAGGUUUCGGGAGAACCGGUGUUGCUGGACGACCAGGACCUCCCGGACCUCCUGGACAACACGGAUCCGGCGUGAUGAUCCCUGGCCCUCCUGGACCCCCUGGGCGCCCGGGACGAGCCACUGAGGCCUCCAGCACCGUCGGGAAGUAUGUGAGUCUGCAGGCCAUGAGACAGCAGUCGUCUGUGCUCGAGGACGGGACGCUGUCUUUCCUUAUUGACACCAGUAAACUCUAUAUGAAGGUUCCAGGAGGCUGGAGAGAGGUUCAGCUCGGCGGGCUGAUUGAGAUGUAUUCGUCCCCCGUCCUCUCACAGGAUGAUGCUGAGCCCCUGAUCCUGAGCCCACAGCUCCGUCACACACCCAGAACACACACCGGAAGCGCGCUGAGGUUGGUGGCUCUCAACACGCCGCUGACGGGAAACCUGGGCUCCAUCCACUCGGUUAAUAAACUGUGCAGGACUCAAGCUCAAGCCAUGGGCAUCAGAGACGACUACAAGGCCUUCCUCUCACACCACCUACAGGACCUGAUUGACACCGUGCAGCCCAUGUACCGAACAAACACGCCGAUCGUCAACCUGAGGGGUGAGCUCCUGUUCAAGAGCUGGCACAGCAUCUUCUCCAGCCAUCUCCUGCCUCCCAGAGUCCCGCUGUACUCCUUCGACGGCCGAGACGUGAUGAGCGACCCCUUCUGGCCUCAGAAGGCGGUGUGGCACGGCUCUUCAGAGAGAGGCAAGCGUCUGUCCGCUCUGAACUGUGAGUCGUGGAGAGCGGGUGACAUGGCCAUCACCGGUCAAGCGUCGUUCCUCUACAGCGGCUUACUGAACCAGCAAACACGCAGCUGCUCCAACCGCUUCAUCGUGCUGUGCAUCGAGACCAGCCACGACCAUCAAACCCUCCAGGAGCGCCACAGACGAUGGCACCACAGAUCCUGAAGCCUGACGGAGGAGAAGCCCCGUGAACUUUAACACAGCCACCGUCGCUCUCGAAUGUAAAGUGUGCUGGCCGAUUCCCAGUGAUGGACUGCGGAGAUCCACUUUCUUUGUCAUUUGGAUGCACUGUACUUUUCAUAUUGUAUUUUUGUUGUUGAUUUCCCAAAAAAAAGUAUUUUCGAU